AAUACUUACUAUUAGUUGAGCGUUAUCGGAGCUGGCCAUCCUGCAGACAAUGCACCCCAAAAAUUAAAUUGUCACUGCAAAUGAUGCAAUCCGAAAAAUUUGACUCAUAGGCAGAGUAACAACUACUGUUCAUAUUACUAUAUUUACCAUACUAAAUUCAGUCAUUUUGAGUGGAUUAUAGUUAAGUAACAAAGUAAAGUAUAAUACAAUGGCACCUAAGAAAUCAUAUAGUUUGGAAACUGAGUUGGUAUUCUCCAAAUCAGGAGAUCAAUAUAAUGCCUCAGUACCUCCAUUAUAUCAAUCGGCAACUUUUAAACAAGAUUCAUUAUCAAAUAUGGGAGAAUAUGAUUAUACAAGAUCAGGUAAUCCUACUAGAACUCAUUUACAAAAUCAUUUAGCUAAAAUUAUGAAGGCUAAAACAACAUUUGCUGUUUCAUCUGGUAUGGGAUGUCUUGAUGUUAUAACUAGAUUAUUAAAACCUGGUGAUGAGGUAAUUGCUGGUGAUGAUUUAUAUGGUGGAACCAAUAGAUUAUUAACUUAUCUUCAUAAAAAGGGUGAUAUAAUUGCUAAACAUUAUGAUACAACUAAUACUGAAUUAAUUAAAUCUAAAAUUAAUUCUAAAACAAGAAUGAUCUUUUUAGAAUCUCCAACUAAUCCUCUUAUUAAAGUAGUUGAUGUAAAAUCAAUUGCUCAUCAUGCUCAUCAAAUUAAUCCUGAUGUAAUUGUAGUAUUUGAUAAUACAAUGAUGUCACCAGUAUUAAUGACUCCUUUAGAUUUAGGAGUUGAUAUUCAAUAUGAAUCUGCAACAAAAUAUCUUAAUGGUCAUCAUGAUAUUAUGGCUGGAGUUUUGGCUACUAGAUCAGAUAAAUUAGCUGAACAAUUAUAUUACGUAAUAAACUCUACUGGAUGUGGUUUAUCACCUUUUGAUUGUUGGUUAUUAAGUAGAGGUUUAAGAACUUUAGCUAUUAGAGUAGAAAGACAACAACAAAACUGUAUUAAGAUUGCAGAAUUUUUAAAGAAUGUCGGAUUUAAAGUCAGAUAUCCAGGAUUAAAAGAUCAUCCUCAAUAUGAAUUACAUAGUUCAAUGUGUAGAGGUUAUGGAGCUGUAUUAAGUUUUGAAACUGGUAGUGUUAAAUUAAGUGAAAGAAUUGUUGAAAAUACUGAUAUCUUCGGAAUUGCUGUAUCAUUUGGAUGUGUCAAUUCAUUAAUUUCUAUGCCAUGUAAAAUGUCUCAUGCAUCAAUUGAUGCCAAAACUAGAAAAGAACGUGAUUUCCCAGAAGAUUUAAUUAGAUUAUGUAUCGGGAUCGAGAAUGCCGAUGAUUUAAUUGAUGAUUUGACUAAGGCACUCUUAAGAAGUGGAGCUGUCAGAGUCAACGAGAGAGAUGAAUUAUUCAAUGUCAUUGGGCUUCAGCCCAAAUUAUAGGCUAGGGGCCGUAAGUUUUCAAUUCUUUAUUAUUGUGUAUAUUAACCUGAUAAAUUACAUAUUAACAAAUUAUACAUUAUAUACAUUAUAUAACAAUUAAUGCAUUCAUACCAUUUAUAACAGUUAGUACAGAAGUGUAAAUUAUAUAUACAUAAUUAUAAGACAUUAUACAUAGUACGAAGAUAUUAUACAU